AUGACUGGUGGUCUUGAGAAGUUAAAUUACAACAACUAUACAUAUUGGAGCACCUGCAUAGAGUCCUACCUUCAAGGUCAGGAUCUAUGGGAGGUGGUAGGCGGAUGCAAUACGAUUCUGCCGGAACCCAAAAUAGUAACUGUUGACUCUGACAAGGAAAGCACGGUAGUUGAAAAUGAAGCCUUUAGAAGGUGGAAUAUUAAAGCCGAUAAGGCAAUGUAUGUACUCAAAACAACAAUUGAUAAAGAGUUGGUUGAGUACAUACGAAAAGCAGAAACCCCGAAGGUUGCUUGGGACACCCUAGCAACGUUGUUCUCGAAAAAGAAUGACGCUCGACUCCAAAUGUUGGAAAGUGAGCUAAUGACAAUCUCACAAGGGGACUUGACAAUAAAUCAAUACUUUAAGAAAGUUAAGUCUCUUUGUAGCGAGAUUGCCGAACUUGACCCUGAAGAAAAGAUUAGCGAGCAAUGCAUAAGGAGGAUAAUCGCCCAUGGCCUAAGACACGAGUUUAAUGGGUUCAUGGCAGCCAUCCGAGGGUGGUUGACUCAGCCGACGUUGCUAGAGUUGGAGAACAUGCUCGCUAAUCAGGAGGCUUUGACGAGGCAAAUCACUGGAGUCUCGCCUAGGAAGGAAGAAGAGGCUCUAUUCGGAGGCCAGAAGAAAGAUCGACACAAUAACAUGUCAAAGCCGAACGUCAAAGGCAAACCUGGUCAACAAUGGAAGCCCAACCAGGGGAGGAAAGCUUCAGGGGGAGCUCAAACUCAAUCUCAGAAGAUGACGAUCAAAAAGAUCGUUGCUACAACUGCGAGCCAGGAACAGACGACUCAAGAAAGCAGCGACAAUGAAAAAACAUGGGAUGCUGAAGCAGCAGUCGCAAUAGCAUCUUCACAAGUGGAGGAGAACGAAGAAGUUGUUCUCGCGGUGGUACCCAAGGAGGAGAAAAUCAACUACAGGAGUGACUGGAUAAUUGAUUCUGGUUGCUCAAAUUAUAUGACACGGGACGUACAAAAAUUAGAAGACUUGGAGAAGUACAAAGGAAAUCAAGUCAUCGCAACAGCCAACAACUCCAAACUGCCCAUCCGCUACGUCGGUAAGACAAAAGUCAUUCCUGGACCAAAUUAUACACCAGUCCAACUAAAGGAUGUUUUUCACGUCCCCGGACCAAAUUCUGGUUGCUACGUCUUGUUUGGACCACAAGAAGUAAGGGUACAGGAACGCCAAUAA